ACCAAAAUUAAGGCGGAGCUAUUCACGUUUUUCAUAAUCGAUCAUCAUCGAACGCAGCUAAAUCGAGCGUACUGCGUGUAUCCGAACGGCGAAGCUGUCAGGUUGGCAACAUUGAAAAAAGAAAAACGUACUUGACUAACUUCAUUUCGAAGCGUGUGCGGCUUUAUGUUUACGAUUUUAUUUCGUGUUCGAUUUUGUAUAAUUUAUAAUUUGGCAAAGAAAAGCAUAAUUGGUUGUAAAAAAUAUAUAAUAAGAUACCUUUUACAUAUAAUACAUAUUUUCAAAAUGAGUGAAGAUAAGGCAAAGUUAAAAGCUCUCGUCGCCGAGCGGGGAUAUAUCAAGGGGACUUUGUCACGGCUAAACAACUUUUGCCACGAUGCUGAUGCAAUGGCGGCUACCUCGCGUGAGGCCUUACGUGAAAAACGUCUUCGCAUGUCGGAGGCUUUUCAAGAAUAUAUGCAGUUAAACAAGGCGAUUCUAGUGCUGGCCGACGAGGACGCUGAAAAUUACGGCGAAUAUGAGGACAAAUAUUAUGUGUCUGUUGGGCUGCUGGAUAAAGCCUGCUCAGGUCCACAAACCGAGGCCAAACCGAAUGGCGGUGAGAAUUCUAACCCAGAGAAGCGUGCAUUGGCACUGGAAAACACCUCUGAGGAGAAGCAGCCAUCAUUUACUGCUAAGUCUACGCGAGCUCCUAAAGUCAGCGGGGUAGCGGCAGCAGAGAAGCCUCAGCCAGCAUGUCUUGCAGCGUGAAUCGCUCCCCCUCACGCCGUCUGGGCCGUUUUUAAUUAACACCUGCUUCGGAUAUGUUGUCGCCGGGACUCUACCAGUUUCAUCUGGCAAGAUUUAUUCUUCUAAUCACUGUAUUAAUAUUAAAGUAAGUGAACCCGUGCAUACAUACCUAUCAGGGCAGGCAGCAAAAACAAAUUUAAUAUCUGACUUGUCUGAACCUCAAAAUGAUAAUUCAUUAUUAACACAAUGUGAUCAAGAUGCUUUAUUAUUUGAUUUAAAUAAUAAUAUUAAUAAUUUCUGGCAAUGUGAAAAGGUACCUAAUGUUUUCAAGGAGGGGUCAACAGAGUUUCAGUUAGCAGAGGAAUGCUUUAGGUCUUCUGUAAAGUUAAUUAACAAACGCUUUUCUGUGGCUUUGCCUCUUAAAUUAGAUUUGGAAAAUAUACAAUUAGGGGAUAGUUUCUCUUAUGCUCUGCAUAGAUUGUAUAAUUUAGAGAAACGUUUCGUGAAAGAUGACACAUUAUGUCAGCAAUACAAAAAAUUCAUACAAGAGUAUUUGGAUGAAAAUCAUGCCACUUAUUAUGACAUUAACAACUAUAAUUUAGAUGCAGGUAACAUAUAUUUCCUUCCACAUCACCCAGUAUUGAACCCGAAUAGUAAAACGACUCCCGUGCGAGCCGUAUUUGACGCGAGCAUGAAAACGAAGCGCGGUUUAUGUUUAAAUGAUAUAAUGCUCAACGGAGAUGUUGUCCAAAGUGAAUUGUUUGAUAUAUUGGUGUUAUUAAGAACUUAUAGGUAUAUUUUACUAUGUGAUGUGAAAGCUAUGUACAGGCAAAUACUUGUUGAUGAACCAUUCUGUUGUUUGCAGAAUAUAUUAUGGCGGAAUUCUUGUAAUGAUCCAGUACAAUGUAUACAGUUAAAAACUGUUACAUAUGGUUUAAAAAGUUCGGCAUUUCUAGCUACUCGUUGUUUGAUGGAACUAGCUAAUAAUUUCGAAAAU